GAGGGAGAGAAAUGAGAGGCCUUUUUGCCCCCGCUUCCUCUUUUCCCUUUGUCUAAUCAUGGUUCUCUUUCACACACCCUUCUGCUCCUUCUCUGAGAGGCGAGAGAAAGGGGGGAAGUUAGGACGAGCAGAGGGGGUGUGAUUCUGAGCGGAUGUCGUCCUUUCAGUCAGUUGGAAUGUGAGGGAAGGGAAAAAAAUGGUGGAAAGGGAAGGAAAUGGGGAUUGUGGAGAAGAGGAGGAGGAGAGUUAACAGAUUUCAGCCCCGGUUGGAUUGUGGGAAGGAGAAGAAGCGCCGCAGGGAAAGGAGAUUUGGAGGUGCUGGGACUCCAAGAUACUCUUGAGCUAUAUGGUGCUUGUAACAUUCCCCCAGGAAUUCUAAAAUUCAACUCCCUAAACUCUGGCAAAAGUUAAAAACUGAAAUAAUGAGUUCGUUCAAUCUAGACCGCUUUCGCUUUGAAAAGAAAGCAAAAAUGGGAGGAAGGGAUUCUCCAUCUCCUCGCCUUCCUAUAGAUCAGGAGGAGGCUACCUCUUCUUCAUCUUUGGAUGCUGUAGAUAAGGAUGGUUCUCUUUCUUCUGCUUCAGAAGACCAUGCUGCUGCUGCUAAUGAUAGGGAAGAUGAUAAUGUUAUUAGUCGUAAUAAUAGGUCGUCCACUCCAACAUCAGAUGUGUCAGAGAAAACUGAUGAUUCCAGUGUUCCAGAAACCCCUGAAGCUAAGCGAACAACGCGGAUAUCUUUUUUUAGGUAUCGAAAAGAUGUUAUUGAAUUGUCAUCUGAAAGUGAAGAGGAAAUCCCAGCAAAAACCUCUCAUACAAAGCAGACCACUGCUCCAAGGAAGGAUAUAAUCGUAAUUUCUGAACCUUCUGAAAGUGAAGAAGAUGGGGACAAGCCAUUACAAUCUCCAUGUAGCAAUGGUCCAGCCCAACGCUCAAAUGUAAUAAAGGAAAACGAGGAUGAGGAGGAGGAUUUAAACUACUGUAAACUCCAAACACUAAAAGAACUUUUCCCUCAAAAAAGUGACAAAGAGUUAUUACAACUGAUACAAUCAACAAAUACAAUGGAUGAAGCUAUAGCUGCUGGCUUGAAAUUGGCUGAGGAAGAAGCUGGAUCUCGAAAGAGGAAACUUGAGGAACGUGCUAUAGAUGAUUCUGAAGAUAAUGAGGACCAAAGUGCAAAAAAGAAAAAGGUGGAUCCUCUGCAAAAUCCUGAAAAUCAGUGGGAAAGGCGUGAAAGUUUGGUGUGCAGACUGCACAAAGAAUUUCCCCACUUGGAUAAGGAGGAACUGAGGGAUGUGCUUCGGGAACAUAACUGGAUAUAUCAGGAAGCUAUGGAGUCUUUAAGGGUCUUUAUGGAAGAUCAAGAGGUGGCACAGAACCCUUCCAAAAAUGAAGUUUCAAAUGGAAAGGAGGUCACUAUUAAUACCCAUUAUCAGCAGAAUGACACUAAUACAAAGUUCGAAGAGACACUUUCUACAAAAUCUCAGAAUGACUUCAGGAAAAAAGAUAGAAAGAAAAAAAUCUGCAGCACUAAAAAGGACUCGCAGGUUGUGGACUAUGAAUCUGCCUCGGAAGCUGGUAGCUCCCUUGACGAAGACUACAGCAGCGGGGAUGAAGUGAUGGAAGAUGGUUACAGAACGAAAAUCCUUAGCUUUCUACAAAAGGCUUCCCUUAGUGAACUCACUUUGAUCCCACAGUGUUCUCAGAAAAAGGCUCAGAGAAUAAUAGAAGUCCGUCCCUUUAACAGUUGGGAAGCUUUGUUCACAAAAAUGUGUAGGACCAACGGCUUGUCAGAAGAUAUUAUAUGGAACUGCAAGACAUUAUUAAGAGAGAGGGAUGUUGUUUUAAAACUAAUGAAUAAAUGUGAAGAGAUCUCAAAUAAACUGAACAAACAAGUGACAAGAAUCACUGGAAAGGAGGGAGGUGGAUGGAAUAUUGAGCAGCCUUCCAUUCUGAAUCAAAGCAUGGAGCUUAAGCCAUAUCAGAAGAUUGGUUUAAACUGGCUAGCACUUUUGCAUAAACAUUCACUGAAUGGCAUUUUAGCUGAUGAAAUGGGCUUAGGAAAAACCAUCCAAGCAAUUGCAUUUCUGGCAUAUCUUUACGAAAAAGAUGAUACAGGUCCACAUUUGAUUGUAGUGCCAGCAUCAACGAUAGAUAACUGGAUAAGAGAAGUUAACCUGUGGUGUCCUGAACUUCAAGUCUUAUUUUAUUAUGGAUCUCAGGAUGACAGGAGGCAUCUGAGAAUGGAUAUCCAUAAUAAAGCGGUAGAUUUCAAUGUGAUCAUAACAACGUAUAAUUGUGCAAUUAGCAGUUCAGAUGAUCGGAGCCUGUUCCGACGAAUGAAGCUAAACUAUGCAAUCUUUGAUGAAGGUCACAUGUUAAAAAACAUGGGUUCUAUACGCUAUCAGCAUCUGAUGACUAUGAAUGCAAAAAACCGUUUGCUGCUAACAGGAACUCCAGUGCAAAACAAUCUUUUGGAACUUAUGUCUCUCUUGAAUUUUGUGAUGCCGCACAUGUUCAGUAGUAGCACCAGUGAAAUUCGGAGGAUAUUCUCUUCUAAAACAAAGACCUCUGAGGAACACAGUGCAUAUGAAAAGGAAAGAAUUGCACACGCCAAGCAGAUAAUCAAGCCUUUCAUCUUGAGAAGAGUAAAGGAAGAGGUCCUCAAACAGCUACCUCCCAAAAAGGAUAUUGUGGAGUGGUGUGACAUGUCUGAGAAACAAGAAAAGCUAUACCAAGAUCUCUUCAGCUCCUUAAAGAAAUCGAUUGACAGUCACGAAAAAAAUACAGAAAUGGGGAAUGUAAUGAUGCAGCUAAGAAAAAUGGCCAACCAUCCUCUCUUACAUCGCCAGUAUUAUACAUCUGAAAAACUUAAGGUGAUGUCACAACUCAUGCUCAAGGAACCUACGCACUGUGAAGCAAACCCUGACCUUAUAUAUGAAGAUAUGUCUGUGAUGACAGAUUAUGAAUUGCAUCUGCUUUGUAAACAAUAUGCAAAUAUCAGUGACUUCAAACUUGAGAUGGACCUUAUUUUGGAUUCUGGAAAAUUUAGAACAUUGAUACACAUUUUAACUGAGUUCAAAGAAAAGGGUAAUAGAGUUGUCCUUUUUAGCCAGUUUACCAUGAUGCUGGAUAUCCUAGAAAUUCUUCUGAAACAUGAGCAGCAUCGAUACCUUAGGCUGGAUGGAAAAACACAGAUUGCUGACAGGAUACAUCUGAUAGAUGAGUUCAAUUCAGAUAUGGGCAUCUUCAUUUUCUUGCUUUCAACUAAAGCUGGGGGUCUUGGGAUUAAUCUCACCUCAGCCAAUGUGGUCAUUCUUCAUGAUAUUGAUUGUAACCCUUACAAUGACAAGCAAGCAGAAGACAGAUGUCACAGAGUAGGGCAAACCAGAGAAGUGAAAGUUAUAAGGCUCAUAAGUAAAGGAACUAUAGAGGAAUCUAUGCUCAAAAUCAGCCAACAGAAGUUAAAACUUGAACAAGACAUGACAGCAGCAGAUGCAGGAGAAGAAGGGGCCAUUCCAGCUGAUAUAGCAACCCUAUUAAAAACAUCGUUAGGUCUCUAAUAAUUAUGUAAAGAGAGGCGUUGUACAUAUUUUUUUUAUUGGAGGAAAAAUAAAAAUGUGGUGCUUCAAGACGUUUUUGUUAUUAAAUACAUUUGUAUGGACAUUUCUAACUUUUUGUAAUUACCUGUUGUCUUGCUCAUGACAUAGUUCCUCCUCCCCUCCCCACCCAAAAAAAAAAAAAGACUGGUACUCAAAGGCAAAAUGUAGAUUGAGGCAAAAACAUAGUGCAUAGCGCAUUUAAGGUAACUCACCAAUGCAGUUUUAAAGGGGACCCCAAUUGCAAUGGAACAGCUAAGACUUAAAAUUGUUCCAUAUUUUUGUAAUUAUUUCUACCUCCAAAUAUAUAUAUAGAACCUAUUUCACUGGAUGUGUGGUUUUUUUUAAUGUGCCUUAUUUUAAAUGCUCAUAUUUGUUGUCUCUUUGCUUGUUUUUAUUUGAAGUACUGUAAUGUUUUGUAUGCAAUUUGUUCACAUAAUAAAAUUUGACCCUCACAGAUGUGUUUUGUUAAAUGGUUAUUUGAAAGACAAGAGGGAACAGGGUCAUCACAUGUACUUUAAGCGAAAUACUGUAACUUUAUAAUGAGGCCUUCUCCGUACUGGUUCUUCAGAAUUCUUUAACUGGGACUCUUUAUAUUUCUGGAGAUCAUCCUUUGAUGAUUUUCAGAAAAUGUAUUAAAUUAUUAUUUUUUAAUUUAAUGUUCCUAAUCACUUUUCAUUUGUCCAACUACGUAAGAUUAAGAAUGUAUGGACUGAGUUUCUUGUUAAGGUGUAAUCCUGUGGCUUUAUAGAUAAAGUUUCUUUUGAAUUUUAUGAGACUAGGCAAGAUUAUAACUGAAGUGUCUAAGAUACUGUGCGCUGUACAAAAACACAAUAAAAAGGACAGGUCCAGUAUAAUCUAAUUAAAUGCAAUAAAGUGUUUCCUGACUCUUA